UCCACUCCAGAUUUUUGAAGAAAAAUCAAAAUCGUUCUAGAGAGUCGAAUGAGGUCUGGCUGGAAGAUACUAUUGCUAGACAAAAGGAAAGGUCUUUGGUAGUAGGUCAUGGGAAUAUUUUAUGAUGCCUUGUGAUGUUUUAUGACAUUUUAUGAUUUAUGAUGAAAAAAAAUUUUGAACAUAAAAUAUCCUGAAAACAUAUCAUUUUCAAUUUUUGCGAAUGUUCGAAACAAGUUACUUGGUCCAAAUGGCUUGUAAAUUGGAAGAAUAUGAAAUGAAAUAAUUGUUCUGUCAUUAGUUUAAAAGAUACUAAUUUUGACAUUUAAAAUCCAUUUUGCAAAUUUUUAUUCACGAUUGGAUAAUUCGUCAUUCGAUUAGAUAUUAUUGUAACAAGUUUCAAAUGUUAUAUUACACUAAACGUUAUUUGACAUUAGCGAGCGAGCACCGGAAAUUGAGGUUUUAUCAAUAAACUGAAGUUUGAUAUUAAAAAAUAGCCAUAAUUAUUUGGCUUGCGGUUUAUUUAAUUAAUUGUACGACAUAGAAUUGCUAGUGACUGCUUGACAUUUCACUUAAUUUCACUUAUGCAUAGUUUCAUAAUUUCGGUCUCAUCAUGACACGUUCGUUUUCAUUCUUUGACUUUGGUCGGUCCGAAAAAUUGCCUACCCAAUAUUCCGAGCAGCACAGUGCUGCACCAAUUGACGUUUUUACCACGUCCCUCAUUUUAGGCUGGGUUAUCAUCGCGAUUUGUUUCUUUGCCAUUUUACCCGCAUAUGGAAAGCACAAGAGAAGGUCCCUCCUGGUUAGAAUCGUGGCCAGUCUUUUCAUUGGUGGAGUUGUGCUAGUCGGAAAUUAUGGUCACAACUGGGAAAUUGCCACCGCCCAGAUAAUAACGCCAUACAAACCUUACACCCAUGAAGAAAUCAAGGGAGAGGUCGGUCUUCAUAUUACUUUGAGGGGGAUCAAUAUAACGCUGACAGGCGCCCCUUUAAAGCAUAAUGUUUCUGACAAGUCAUCUCUUGAUUACGAGCGGAUCGAUUACAAUGAAAACUUUUCGUGGGAAUGGGCCCAAGGCAGAUUCGGUUUUGGCUACUAUGCUGGUCAAAUUUCCAAAGAUUUUCGUGCCGCUACUGAACGCGGCGUCCCAUUGCCAAUUCUGCAAAUCGCUGAAUACUUCACAUUCGACGGAGAAGGGAUUAGGUUUGGACGAUAUUACCGAUUGGCAGGGUGGUAUGCCCACAUUUUGAUUUGGACCGCAUUUGGAACCUGGGUUAUCUCCAACAUUCUCUUCUCAAUGAUAAUUAGUUCUGCCGUGUACUUUCUAAUCGUCACGGGUCUCCUCCAAUUAUCCGCUAUUGGAGUCUGGACAUUUCUCCGAAACCCAACCGAGAUUCAGAUUCCAUUUCAGAGCGGUGAUAAUCCUGAAGAUGAUCUCCUUUUGAGGACAAGAUUUGGUCCCGACUACUACCUCGUGCUGGGAAAUGGAAUAUUUUGUGUCCUUCUGGGCUUUCUUGUAAUGAUAUUGAACGUUCUUAUGCCAGAUGAGAUGUGUACUUUCUUUGGGAUUGACCCACUUACGAUUUAUGACGAACUCUUAUUAAGUAACGAUGAGUUGGAGACUGUACAAAAGGAGAAAGAUAAAGAUAAGGCUAGUUUGAUCGAAUUAGGACACGUCUCGACGAAUCCCGACGUAUUUCAUGGGGGAGAUUAUGAUACGUCAAGAAGUAGUUCUGGGGGGCAGUCAAGUAAGAAAGUCUCGUUUCACGAGGAAGGAGGAGAAAGACCGGGGUCGACAUCAUCGGAGGGAAAGCUGGUUCUAAAACGACGAGAAAAUGUGGGCAGCACUCUCUUCCGAAGAUCAUUUAAAGUCAAGCCAAAACCUAAACCUCGAAAAUAUGGAGCCGAACAACCGAGUUCUUCGCAACAGCCAUUAUUGUCACCACCGGAAACAAGGCAUGGAAGUUCGGAUGACGAAGAGUCUCACUUUAGCUGGCCGAUUCCACCAAGAUCGUCAUUUCUUAGGAGGCCACCCUCACCCCCACCGAAAAGAAGAUUACACUGAGGAAGGUGGAAACGGAGAAACGGGCAGAGUCAACAUGCAUUUUUUUAAAGUUUCCGAUAUUUAUUCUAAAAUUCCCAUUUUUAUUGAGUUCCAGUAUAUUAAUUGUCUCAUGAUUCGCUUCGUGAACUUCCACUUCCCACAUUUAGUUGGACUUAUCCUUAUUAUAAUUCAUAUCUCUAAUGCUCAGCCGUUUUAUUUAAAUGUGUCACGAAAAAUAAACUGAGACUUUUUUUACGGCGAUAAA